AGCAGUGGUCACUUCAUGGGCCUGCCUUGGAAAGGAGCAGCUUCGGGGAUUGUUAUUGGUACCUUCCAGUGGAUCUCUAUAAUUCAGCUCUGUGUUCUUGGCUGGGUGAUUCUUCCUGUUUACAUCAAGGCUGAGGUGGUGACAAUGCCAGAAUAUUUGAGGAAGAGGUUUGGGAGUUUCCGGAUCCAGAUCCUCAUCUCUGUUCUGUAUUUAUUCCUCUAUGUCUUCAAUAGGAUCUCGCUGGAGAUCUGCCACAGUGCCAUGUUCCUGAGGAUGAUCUUGGGCAUGGACGUGUACCUGGCCAUUCUGGUCUUGCUGGCCAUUGCUAGCAUUUACACCAUCACAGGUGGAUUGGCAGCUGUGACUUUUGCCAAUUGUUUACAUGCUAGCAUUAUGGUUGUGGGAUCAUUAUUGUUAAUGUGCUAUGCCUUUGUUGCAGUGGGAGGAUACCAGGAGCUGCUGAAUAAGUACUUUGAUGCCAUCCCCAGUGUCAUCAGUGAUGGCAACUGGACUGCCAAGCCGGAGUGCUACCUCCCUCGCCCAGAUGCUUUCCACAUUUUCCGUGAUCCUGUCUCUGGGGACAUCCCCUGGCCAGGACUCAUCUUCGGUGUCUCUUCCCUCACCUUCUACUACUGGAGUGCGGAUCAGGUUUUUGUCCAGCUAUGCCUGGCAGGGAAGAACCUGAGUCACGUAAGAGGUGGCUGCCUUCUGUGUGGGUACCUGAAGCUGCCAUUACUGUUCAGUCUCGUGAUGCCUGGAAUGAUCAGCCGCAUCCUGUUCCCAGAUAAAGUGGCAUGUGUGGUACCUUCUGAAUGUCAGAAGUUCUGUGGGGCCAGUACCAACUGCAAACCCAUCGCUUAUCCAAUGCUGAUGAUAAAACUGCUGCCCAGUGGUUUACGGGGCUUGUUGCUGUCCUCCGUGUGCGCCUCCUUCACGUCCUCCCUGACUUCCAUCUUCAACAGUGCCAGUGCCGUGUUCACACUGAACAUCUAUGCCCACAUGCGGCCUGUGGCCACCGAGAAGGAACUCAUGAUAACAGGAAGGUUUUUUGUUAUAAUCUUGUUUGCUGUCACCAUUGUCUGGGUCCCUAUUAUGAACACAGUCCAGAGCGAAACACUCUAUGAAUACAAGCAGAUAAUCAGGAGUUACUUGACGCCACCCAUUACUGCCAUCUUCCUACUUGCCAUCUUUUGCAAGAGAGUCAAUGAGAAGGGUGCCUUCUGGGGGCUGAUUUUGGGCACUGUGAUGGGCUUCUCUCGAGUGCUGCUCGACUUCGUCUUCAGCCAGCCCUGGAGCUGCAUGCAGGAGAGCAGGUGUCCUGCCUUCCUCUGUGGCGUGCACUACCUCUACUUCAACUUGAUCCUCUUGGCGAUCAGCCUGCUCAGCAUGCUGGUGAUCUCCCUGGCCACGGACCCCAUUCCCGACAAACACCUGCACCGGCUCUGCUGGAGUUUGCGCAACAGCCAGGAGGAAAGGGUGGAUCUGAAGGUGGAAAUGCAGUGGAAGAGACUCUCCAAGUACCCGCCGCAGCCCGAGAUGUUCAAGGAGGGCCACUCCUGCAUCUGGAGGACUUGGACGCUGUUCUGUGGCCUGGACCCCCAACCAGGCCCCAAGCUGGCCCCAGAAAAGGUGAAGGAGGAGGCAGUGCAGCAGAGGGACCUGUCGCUGGAAGGGGCAGAGGGGCUGGCCCCAGGAGAGGCAACCAGGAGGUCAGAAGAUGCAAAGAGGGGUGGCAGGUGGCCAAAGCCCCUGGUGAAGUGGGUGCUCAAUGGCUUCUUGCUCGGCUUGAUCACAUUUGUGGUUGCCGGCUUCAUCUACUAUGCCUGA